AAUCGGAAAUGUCCGGAAGUUUUCGUUGUUGCCGAUAACGGUUGGUAUGUUCAAAUCUUCGGAUCUACUUCUGGCCUGGAUACUGAACUAGGAAAGGUAUAGGAGAAAGAGGGAAACGAAAAAGGAGAAGAGCAAAGGUGCUUGGCAACGGAAUGACGGUGUUGCAGGAACCUGUCCAGGCUGCUGUUUGGCACGCUUUAAACCACUAUGCCUAUCGUGAUGCAGUUUUCCUGGCAGAAAGGCUCUAUGCUGAAGUGCAUUCAGAGGAGGGUCUCUUCCUGUUAGCCACAUGUUACUACCGCUCGGGAAAGGCCUACAAGGCCUACCACCUCCUGAAGGGUCACAGCUGUACCACGCCGCAAUGCAAAUACCUCCUGGCCAAAUGCUGUGUAGAGCUCAGCAAGCUUGCAGAGGGAGAGCAGAUUCUGACUGGAGGAGUCCUGAAUAAACAGAAGAGUCAGGAUGACAUCGUCUCAGAGUUCGGGGACGCUGCUUGCUUCACAUUGGCUCUACUUGGUCAAAUUUACUGCAAAACAGACCGGCUUGCCAAGGGUUCAGAGUGUUAUCAGAAGAGCCUGAGUUUGAACCCUUUCCUUUGGUCUCCCUUUGAAUCCCUCUGUCAAAUUGGUGAGCGGCCCGACCCAGAACAGAUAUUCAAACUGACGUCCCUGCAGAACUUCAGCAGUGGGAGUGGAGGCGGACUCAACCAGCUACCAAUUAGCCCAGCCCAUACGCCCAGUCACAACCCCUCUCACCGCCAGGUGGACAGUGUCCUCAUGGAGACUCCACAGGACACAUUAGAGUUAAACCGCCUCAACCUGGAGUCGUCCAACACCAAGUACUCUACUUUGGGUACGGACUCGUCCAUGUCCUACAUCGACUCGUCUGUGAUCUCGCCUGACUUAGUGCCUCUGAGCACGGGUGGCUCGGUGCUCAGCAAGCAGCCGCAGAACAAGCCCAAGAGUGGCCGCAGUCUGAUGGGUGGCCCUGCCGCCCUCAGCCCCCUCACACCCAGUUUUGGUAUCCUGCCCCUGGAGCCCAGCCCGGGAGACCCCACGUACAUGCAGAGCUACGGUCACAGUGGCUCAGGGAUGGAGCCGCCGCCCGCUGCCGGUCCACCAAAGAAGUCUCUUGCCCGAAUCAGCCAAGUCGGCACAAAGUCAGUGUUUGCACAGAGUGGGAACAGCAGAGAGGUCAUCCCCAUCCCCUUCAACCAGACCCAGACCACUGCCCCACAAACCAGUACCACACCUCAAGUGCUGAGCCCAACCAUCGCUGCGCCUCCUAACGUGCAGCCGAGGAGAAGCUCCAGACUCUUCACCAGUGCCAGUUCUACUGCCAAGGAGAACAGCAAGAAACUAAAAAUGAAGUUCCCCACGAAGAUCCCCAACCGGAAGACUAAAACCAAGACGGGUAAGGGGGGCAUCACACCCUCUAACCUUAACGAAAGCAUCGAGCUGCUCAAACUCGACUCCUCCCUCUGUGAAGGCAAGGGCAGCCUGGGCUCCUCCCACCUGCAGGCUUUCACCCUGCAGAAGGCGGCCGCAGAUGGACUGAUGAGCCUGAUGCGGGACGUUGGGCGAGGCUACGUGGCUCUCUGCUCCUACAACUGCAAAGAGGCCAUCAACAUCCUGAGCCAGCUACCCACACACCACUACAACACCGGCUGGGUCCUGAGCCAGAUCGGACGUGCACACUUCGAGCUGGCCGAGUACACGCAGGCGGAGCGGAUCUUCUCGGAGGUGCGGCGGAUUGAGAGCUACCGUGUUGAGGGCAUGGAGAUCUACUCCACCACCCUGUGGCACCUGCAGAAGGACGUGGCGCUCUCAGCCCUCUCCAAAGACCUCACCGAUAUGGACAAGAACUCACCUGAGCCUUGGUGUGUAGCGGGUAACUGUUUCAGUCUUCAGCGGGAACAUGACAUUGCCAUUAAGUUCUUCACGCGUGCGAUCCAGGUGGACCCCAGCUUUGCGUACGCUUAUACACUCCUGGGCCACGAGCUGGUGCUAACGGAAGAGCUGGAGAAAGCUCUGGGAUGCUUCCGUAACGCCAUCCGCCUCAACACACGCCACUACAAUGCCUGGUAUGGCUUAGGUAUGAUCUACUACAAGCAGGAGAAGUUCAACCUGGCAGAGAUCCACUUUAAGAAGGCCCUGAGCAUCAACCCUCAGAGUUCAGUGCUGUUGUGCCAUAUUGGAGUGGUUCAGCACGCACUGAAGAAAUCUGAUCACGCCUUGGAGACCCUGAACAGAGCCAUCAGCAUCGACCCCAAAAACCCACUAUGCAAAUUCCACAGGGCGUCCAUUCUCUUCGCGAAUGAGAAGUACAAGGCUGCUCUGCAGGAACUGGAGGAGCUGAAACAGAUUGUGCCCAAAGAGUCACUUGUUUACUUUUUAAUAGGAAAGGUCUAUAAGAAGCUCGGUCAGACUCAUCUGGCGCUCAUGAACUUCUCCUGGGCCAUGGACCUGGACCCCAAAGGGGCUAACAACCAGAUCAAAGAGGCCAUAGACAAGAGAUACCUCCCAGAUGACGAGGAGCCAGUCAUCCCUGAGGACUACCCCUACUUUUCAACAGCCGACGUAGAGGAGUCGCAAGAGAGCAGUAUGACGGACGCAGAUGACACGCAGCUCCACACAGCCGAGAGCGACGAGGUCCUGUAACCCUUGUGCUCCUCUGGACUCACUCGUACCCAUGCCAACCUGGAGCCCCCCACCCACAGGCUCCUCUAUUACAAGACAAAAAAAAGAGGAAGAUGAUGAUGAAAAAAGGAAUACAAACUGCUGCUAAUACAGUACCUCCUCAUUUCUCUCUUUAAAAAAAAAAAAAAAAAAAUCACAUCUUUAUUUUUUUUUUUUUUUAUGUUUGUGUUCUUCACCCUGUUGUCUCCUCCUCUCUUUCCCUCCAUCAUGCCUUAGCAGUCAAGCAAAAUCCAGCUCCCAGUUUGAGCGUUCAGUUUUUACGUUGUUUUACUCACGUCAUUAACCCUGAAUAAAGGUCUCUGAUAGAGUCUUUAGUCCUGAGUCCUCUCCCUAAUCUCCUGCACCAAGAGUGUGUGUGUGUGUGUGUGUGUGUGUGUGUGUGUGUGUGUGUGUCUGUGUGUGUGUGUGUGUGUGUGUGUGUGUGUACGUGUGUGCGUGUAGAGGGGAGAGGAUAAACAAGCACAUGGUUGUUUAACCCUUCCUGAGAGACACGAGGGCAUUUGUGUUCCGCUCCAUCUCAGGGCCAUACGCAGACAGAGAAUUCACCGCAAGGAUUUGCCCAACCUGAAAGUGUGAAUCCAUUGAUGUUCAAAACAAAAAAAGUCUUGGUUACCUAAAAGAAGUACAAUAAAGUGAAGUAUUUAACCACAUGCUGUGUAUCAGAGAAGAGAUUUUUUUUGAAUUGACAAGCCAUUAAUUUAUCUUGCUCAAUAUAAUGUAUGUUGUCUAUCCUGUUAUUGACUUGUUGACAUAUUUCCCCCAUUCGAAUUGAGAAUUUUUAACCUAGCCUUCCCUCCACAAUUGUCAGAUACGUAAUAUAUAAUUGGUAAACCCAGAAACUUUAGCAUGUUUCCAAAUGUUAUUUUAUCCAGAUUGACAAAUACCUGAACAUAUACGGGAUGGUCAGUUCAUCCAUAUAUAUUUGAUAAUCUGAAAGAAAAAGAAAGGCAGUAAGGAAUUUCUAUAUACGGAAUUGUUUGUAAGUAAUUUCAGGCCUUUGUGUUCUUAACCAACAAACUGAAACCCAGACCCACCUGAUCCCUAUGAACACUCUUGCUUUGCUGACAGGGUGGCAGAAAGUAUCAGAAAUGUUUCUGUAAACAAAUUCUGCCAUGUGGCAUAUGUGACCAGUCAUCUGAGAAAUGCGGAAAUGUCCAAUUUUUACUGAAAGAUGUGGUGCUGUAAAACAAUGCGAGAAAGCUUCUGACUUGUGCACACCAAGUUUUUCAAUGUUUUAUUUUGCAAGUGCAUUGAUGUCUUACUUUGAAAUUGUACUGUCUUAGGGGAUAUGCCUGUUAUUGUAUAUUUUACGGAUUUGAAAAGGAAUAUAGAAUAAAUUACUUUGAUCAAAGUCA